UUUCAUCGACACCACGACAUUGCAAAUGGUCGAUUGAUAUGCCAUCCUGCUCAGAUACCAGGGCUGUAUCAAUUCGCAGACUUGUUGGGUUGCAAUCCAUUGCUCCACUCUCGAGCGACCCCAACCCACCGCACCAACGCUCGAACAGCCCACCCUGCCCGGCGACGCUGCAGACCAACCCGUUCGCCGGCGGAGCUCGGCCCUCCAACGGCCCCCGCCUUCCCACACAUGUCCCCUUCCGCCGCCCAGCGUCGACCACCCGAGACGGCGCUGCAAAGGACCUCUGAGGCCCGGUUCCUGCCGUCGCUUUUGUCCAGAUGGCCCCCGGGUGCAUUGGUAUCGCUUUCGUUUCCCCCCACCGGUAAUUGACGAUUGUUCGCCCCCCCCAUCACUCCCUUGCCCAGCUCAUACUCUGGCUCCUCUGUCUUGCCACCCGAUCAUCCAAUGUUCCGUCCAGGCCCAGCCUCGAGCCGGCCCAGUACGCCGCCUUGGCGAUCACUCAUCGCAUGGGCCUUAUGCACCCAUGUCGCUUGGUGUGCCAACCAGACUGCCUCGCCCUCAGCAUGCAGCCCAACGGCUUCCCUGUGUCUCUCCCUCGCCAACUCAACAGUCUGCCCACCAUGGCAUGAUGCUGCCGCCAGCGUCCCGCAAUGUUGGACCGUCCAAGAUUUUGACGCUGCCCUCAUGUCCUCUGUGGCUUCGUCACAGACCUGGGCCGAGUUUGAUCGGCUGUAUUCAUGCACCUACUCCGGCCAGUUCUCCCGAUACGCAGCAACCUUUGCAUGUGCCCAGGCCAUUGCUCGUCCCAAUCAGACCUGCUCGGCAGUAGACCCGGCCUCGAUCCCGGCCAUGUGCUUCAACAGCUGCAUGGCCUACUUGGCCUCGCUUCAGGCCGUCUUUUCGAAUGCGUCGCUAUGCACCGCUUCCAGCACCGAUCUCAACCAGACUGCGGCGCAAAGCUAUGCCCAUGCUCGCCAGGCGAUCCUGAGUCAAAUCUCGGUCUUCUGCCAGACCCAAACGUCCAACUCAAGCCAGUGUAUCAGCGCAGUGCCGCUCGAGGACGCCAACUGCGGGUUCGGGAUGGGCAAUGCAACGCAGUACUGCCAGCAGUCCCACUCGUCCGACCCAUGCUGCCUCAAGGUCCAGAAUCUUGCCGACUCGUCCGCGUCGGCAUCUUACCAUAGAGAUCUUAUCGUCAUUGCCGUCGCCUGCGCCGUCGCUCUGGUCUUGAUCGUCGCUGCAGUGAUCCCCUUUGCUCUCGCUCGGAAACGCCAGGGCCGAGGCGAUGCCCUUGAUCCGAGUCCUCCUCGCCAACCAGCACAAUCGACUCCAGCAAGCAAGCCCCUGUCCCAGCCCGAUAUCGAGCUUGCAAAUCUGUCGCAGCCCACAGCCUCCUACCACUCCCUCUCACAUCCAACCGAGCAGAUCCACACCUUCCGUCUGAGCUCCUACGCCAAUCUCCACCCCACCAUCUCCUCCAGCGACACCCUGAAUCCGCUGCUCUCGAGACCCAGCCUUCGGGCCCUGAACCUCGAUCGGCUCUCCCAGACCCCGUCGACUCAGACCGUCGAGUGGAUCAAGUACAAGGCAAUAUGCUCCUAUCAACCAAAGGAGAACGACGAGAUUGAGCUCAUCCGUGGAGACCUGGUCCUUGUUCGCCAGCAGUUCAACGACGGGUGGAUGCUUGGGAUGAACUUUAGGACGGGCAAAGAGGGUGUGCUGCCCGGUGUAUGCGUCACGCCGAUGUGAUCGAAUGCGUCGCAGCGAUGUGAUUAUUUGCAUCAUGCCGAUGUGAUGUGGCCACUGGCUUUGAGCCGCUUCUCUCCGACACGAAUCCUCCUGAGUUGCAGCCCUCCAGGUCUGCUCACGGCUCAGCGAAGCCAUGGUCCUGUCUUUGGAGGAGUAAUUGGA